AUGUCGGGUUAUUCCAAAUUCAUGAAGGAGCUAGUCACCAAGAAGAGAACCAUGGACUUCGAGACAAUUAAAGUCUCUCAUAAUUGUAGUGCCAUUAUGACUAGCGAGAUGAUUACAAAGAAAGAAGAUCCAGGGGCAUUCACCAUACCAUGUACCAUUGGUAUACUUAAAUUUGUUAAAGCUCUAUGUGACUUGGGGGCAAGUAUAAAUCUAAUGCCCUAUGCAAUCUAUAAACAACUUGGGCUUGGUGAACCAAAAUCCACAACAAUGAGGCUUGUUAUGGUGGAUCGGUCGAUCAAGUACCCUGGUGGGAUACUCUAUGAUAUAUUGGUGAAGGUUGAUCGAUUCAUCUUUCUGGAUGAUUUUGUUAUUCUUGACUCAACCAGGAAAGUGCUAGUGGAUGUUGAAAGCGCGGAAUUGAUGUUCCGGGUGAACAAAGAUGAGGUCACCUUUAAUGUGUGCAAGUCAAUGAAACACCCGAGUGACAUUCAUGUGGUUACGACGAUUGAUGUAAUUAUUGAGGCGGUGGCUACUGUGAGCCAUAUAAUGUGCAUGAGUGAACCUCUUGAGGUUGUUCUUGCAAAUUAUGAUAAGACCAAAGUUCAAGGUUAUGAUGAAGUGGUAGUUGCUCUGUCAGGAUUAGGUGAAUACUCAAAGAACCCAUUGAAGCUAGAUAUUGAUCUAAAGUAUCGAGAAAAUCCUUCCACCAAACCAUCCACGGAGGAGCCACCAAAGCUUGAGUUGAAAGUGCUCCCCGCUCAUCUUCGAUAUGCAUUCUUGGGGACAAAAAACACCUUACCCGCAAUCAUUGCAGCUAACUUUCUUGAGUGGCAAGUAAGAUUUCUCCUUAAGGUGUUGAAAAUGUACAUAAGCUAUAGGGUGGACUAUCGCUGA